AAGAAACUGCCGCCAGACUGAAGAAAAUGGAAUGGCUGCCAGAAGGCUUGCUUUAGGGCUAAGGAAGAUAUGGGACUUCUCCAAGGUCAGCUGACCCAUGCUCUGGCCUGCAGGCACUGCAGCAGCAUUACCUGCCUCCAUAGUCCAGGGAAUCUGGCCAUACUAGUCUUGUUCAUGGUUUGGCAGAUCCGAAGAUGGUGGCAGCUCAGAGGGUGGCAACAGCUUCAGCCCUGGUGCUCUGGAGAUAAAAUGACACAAGGCAAGGGGCUACAACUUCUGUACCAUUUGGCCUUCUUUGAUUGCCUGUGGAAGCAAAAAUCAGAGGAGGAGGAAAAGGAGGAAAAGGAAUGCUUAUCUCUGAAUCCACUAAAACCGUAUCAUCUUUCCAAAGACACUCCUAUUGGAAACGGAUUUUCUACAGCCCCACCACACCCAUCCUGUAGAUCUGAGGGCCGCCCCAGGGCCACAGAGACACAAGAACAAGUACUCAUACAGUCCCCAAGCCCUUCUAGAUCCUUCCCUACUUUCCAGACCCUGACCAACCUACCUGUGAGAAGCAAGAGAGCUUCAGGGAGCUCCCCGCAGCAGACAAAACUCCAGCUCUUCUCGGGUCUUCCCUCUCUAUACAAUGAGUCCUUGAAGACUAUUUUCCUGAGCUCAGAUGGUCCCUCUCCACUAAAGUUGUCUAUUUGUCCUUCUGUCUUUUUAAACAAAGUCCCCUUUCCACCUGCGUACAACCUGCUGCUUCCCUGUUACCACUCCUCAACUUACUAUCCUACCCCUGAAGCCCAUAUUUUGGAAGAUCUGGAAGAAAUAGCACCCGGUUCUCAACUAGUCCAAUCUCCACCUUCCCCUCCUAUACCACUGGUAUCCUCCAAUCUUAAGCCUUUGCUUAAGGGCUACAAGAGAAUCAUACCUGACACAGAGGUACACACACAGUGGUUUACACAGAACAAAGAGGUUCCUUCUGUCUCUGAGAAUCAAGGUCUGUACCCACAGCCUGAACUCCAAAAAUUCAGAUCCUCCACAUUCUUAUAUUCAUCUGAGGUCUGGAGGAAGAGGCCAGGGGACCUCAGACUCCAUCAACAUAAUCCAGAAUUGCCUUUUGCCUUUCUGUUGUAUCCUUUUAACCCUCAGGAAGUCCUAGAUAGGUUUGAGAUGCCAUGGAGAAACAUGAAACAAAAUGAACACCCAAAAGCCUCUGAAACUGCAAUGCCAACUGCAAGCCCACUCCCAAUUUCCCUGACAGAAUGCCAGAGAGUCAACCCCACAGGAGACCUGUCUCAAGUGAAAACUCUCUGCCAAACCACAGUGCAAAAAGAGAACCUUCAGAUCUAUGAGCUUCCAAUCUCAGCCCCUUGCCAACUCACAGUACCCGUGACUGAAGGGACUGGCCCUCCAGGAACUCCCCCUGGAUAUGAAGCUCAGUGGGGCAUCCUAGCAUAUAAAGGCAUUCCCCAAGCUUCUGACCCCCUAAUGCCAGCUUCCUGUCACCCAUCAGGUUCUCUGUCAAAAGUAAAAAAUGUUAACCCCAAAGAAAGACUUUCUGCACCUAAGGAUGUCAGGGAAAACCUGGGAUACAGAGAGCACCCACAUGUUUCUAAGUCUCCAGUGUCAGCGCCAUCCCCUCCUCUAGACACCCUGUCAGACUACCAGAGAGAGAAUCCCCCAGAGGAUGGGUCUGGAUUUAAGCCUCAAUGGGAAUGCAAAGAAACCUCAGGCAGUCCCUGGGCCUCUGAAACUCCAACCCUGGACUUCCACGUGGGUUUCUAUGAAGCCACACCUAUGUGUGUCCCACUGGGAUCUGAGGCUCAACUGAAGGGUACACCUAGUACAGAAAAUCUUUGUGUCUAUGCUGACAUAGUUUCAUCUCCUAGCCUUCCCUCUGUCUCUCUGCCAGACUUUGCAAUAAUGGGCCCCCAAAGAAUCUUAUUAGAGUCUAAAGCUUUAUGGGAGACAAAGGAGCAGAAAAAACACCUGUGGACAUCUGAUUCCUCAUGUCCCCAUAAAACACCUCUAGCCCCCUUUAUAGGACCAAAAAGAAUCAAUACUGUGGAUGAUGUCCCUAGAUCAGAAGCCACAGGGAAGAAUACUGACAACACAAAGAAAUGUUCGUCUUCUGAGCCGCCAUUUCUGAACCUCAACCCAUCGCCAGCUCUUGUACAGCAACCCCUUAGAGUUAGCCCCAUAGAGAACCCACUUAAAUCUAAAGCUUGGUGUGGGCACAUUCAAAGAAAAAAUAACUUCUUGGCCUCUGAGCUCCCAGCUCAGAGCCUAUCCCAGCACCUGCUUGAACCCAGCCCCGAAGGAGUCUUAUCUGACGUUGAGCCUGCUGGAGGGUUCAUGAAGAAUAAAAACCAUUGUGUUUCUGCAUCCCCAGUUUGGGAAUGCAGUCCAUCUCCAAAUUCUGUUCUGAAGUUUCACAUAAGUGAACCUUCUGGAGACCAGUGCAACUGUACGCCUAAGGAGUCAGUAGCAGAGUGGACAAAGGAUUCCUGGGCCAAUGAACUGCCAGGCUCCAGCUUUUUCUCUGCUCUGUCACAAGAGCCACAUUCUGAAACUGAGCUUGUAUGCAGAAAUGUACUAGAAAGAGAAGCCUCCCAGGGCCCCAAUCCUCCAGCAGUGAAUCCUCCGCAACCAACAGCCUGGCCUAUCCAGCCUGGCCUCUCAGAAGCCAAGGCAGAGGCCCCCUCCUCCCAGGGAGAGGCCGUCUCAGAGGUGUCUGACCAUCCUGUGAUCCACGCCUGGCAGUGGAGUAGACAAUUAAAGCUCAGACUGAACAAACUACAGCAGAGCCCCACUUUCAAAUCCCCAGGUUCACAUCACUCAUUUUCCAGCUCCCCAGUUCUUAACCUAACUCUAGAAUCUUGGGGACCUUCCUCUUGUUCCCAACAGAUGCAUCCUCUCAGUCUGCACCCCUGCUCUUCAAGUAGUCAUCCCCCAAAAGUUCAAAGGGCAGAAGCCCUGCCUGUCCAGGCCCCUCAUUGCUUGCACUCCUCUUCUCAGCCUCAGGCACAAGCUUCUGGUAGAGCAGAGCAGCGGUCUCAGAAAAGUAAGAGGCUGAAACGGAAGGCGAUGGUCCAAAUCCCAUCCCCAGGGCUGGGUCAUGUGAAGGCUGAUGAGAACUGUUCAGGCAUGGGAGAGCCCUCAGAUACAGGGCUUCUGGUCUCUGGUAAGAGACAAGACAAGACUUUAGUACUACUUUCAACCCAAAAGAGAGGGAGUUCCAGAAAGUCCAAAGCAGAGAAAUGUGGAAGGACUGCAAGAUUAGGAUCACCCACUAACACAAGGGAAAACAAUCCUGCCCAGGCCUGCAGACCAGCAGAGGCCUCUAUGCCGAGGUUUUCUAGAAAGUUUGAGCAUAAAGCUCAGAGUUCCCCACAUUCGGCCCUUGCUCAGCAGCUUCUCCCAAAUGCUGCUGGGCCCCAGGAUCGGCCAAGGACAGGCCUGGUGGCCGGUGAGACCCAGAAUCCUUGCCCUUUUAAGUGCUGUCCUUGGAUUCCAACAAAGCAGCAGCUCUCAUCCUUAUCACAAGAGGCUCCCCCUACCAGAGGUUUCCAAAAGUUAAUAGAUAAGUUUCUGGGUGUGCAUAGACCUCUGCCAACUAAAUCCAGUCCGUAAAGUAUGGUAAUAUUGGCACCCAGUAUCCCAUAACCCAAACCAAGUCAGGUGUGGGUAGGGAAAUAGAAACAAAUAGAGAAAAGCCUAAUAAAGUAGUUCAACUAG